UAGGAAACGUUAAUUGUAUUUAACGGACGCUCUUCAAAUUCCUGUUCGAUCUUCUAUCGACCGGUUUUACUGGUUAGUUGCAGAGUUACAGAUCCCCCUGGACCUGUAGUGAAAGUGAUCUUCGUACCUUCAAAAUGGGACUAAUUAGGAUGAUUCGAACGAGGCUUAUGAAUUGCUUGAUUUUUUUCUUACUGGUUGUGCUACUGCCUGGCUUACCUCCCAAAACGACAUUUCCUUUCGAAGGAUUUAGAUUAUCAAAGCCACGCGAACUGAAAGGAGCAUUAGAACCAACAAAUCAUCUCGAUAACGCGGAACGUCUUUUCGAGGGAAAGAUCUACGGCCCCGAAGCUUUACUAGUGCACGGCAAGGACCUUUUUACUACAAUUCAUGGCGGUGAAGUGAUCCGCAUCAAUGGGGAUCACAUCACACACAUUGCUAAGUUUGGCAAACCAUGUGAACUUUCAUUCGAAGAGGAAAUUUGUGGUCGUCCUUUGGGGCUAGCAUUCGAUACAAAAGGAUCGAAUUUAAUCGUCGGAGACGCGUACUACGGUAUCUGGCUGGUUGAUUUGGCAACGGGUAACAAAGAGCAACUUGUCUCACCAGACACCGUGCUGGAGGGCAAAGGAGUGAAUCGUAAAGCAAAGUUGUUCAACAGCGUAGCCGUCGCAAGGAAUGGUGACAUUUUUUGGACGGAAUCUUCUUCCGAUUUCUCGCUUCAGGACGGUGUUUUCACUGUUUUCGCUAAUCCCUCGGGGCGCUUGUUCCAGUAUGAGCGCAACACUGGUAAGAACAAAGUGUUGUUAGAUCGUCUGUACUUUGCAAAUGGUGUCGCAUUGAGUCCAGAUGAGGAAUUCGUAUUAGUAGCUGAAACUAUGGCUUCGCAAAUUCGACGAUACUAUCUGAAGGGACCGAAGGCCGGUACGGAUGAUAUUUUCAUCGACGGCCUGCCAGGUAUGGUGGACAAUCUCAUAGGAGAUUCUGAAGGCAUUUGGGCACCACUGAUUCAAGGGGUUGAUAAUGAGAACCCGUCGAUCACACAAAUGAUGUCGAACGUUCCGCUAAUCCGUAAGUUCAUAAUUCGCAUGCUAGCUCUGGCCGAAUUGCCAAUGCGCUUGAUCCAUCAAGUGAUGCCAAAUGUGCACACGCAGCGCCUGAUCCAUGCUAUUGGACAUUUCGAGUCUAUGGCAUUUUUAUCGCCCAGCCGUCAAACGAUUGUGAAAAUUGGCUGGGGAGGCAGAAUUUUGGGAUCUUUGCAUGGUUUUGAUGGUAGCGUAGGAAGCGUGUCGCAUGUCGUCGAAUUAGGAGACUAUCUCUACCUAGGCUCGCCGUACAAUAAGUUCUUGGCACGUGUUCCUCUCCCAAAGCUACCUAAGGUGGAGGUACGUGAUGUUAAAUACAAACCUGCAACGGAAACAACGGCUACUCCCAAGCCAACAACUACAACGACUGAGAAGCCUUCGACUACAACUACGGCGAAACCAUCGACAACUACUCCAAAACCGCCGACAACUACCCCAAAACCGCCAACAACUACAACAUCUGCUCCGAAAGCAACGACGACUACAACAACGCCAAAACCUUCAACUACUCCAAAGCCAACGACUACAACCACCACUCCAAAGCCAACGACUUCCGGUACUCCAAAACCGGAAGCAACCACGUCAAAACCGAAAACCACGACACCCCCCAAGGCAACCACUGGGUCCCCGAAAUCUAAAGAAGCUCCAAAAGCACCCACUGAGGCUCCAGUGACAGAAAAGAAAAAGGAGAAAAAACCGGCUACAUCAGAACAGUCGCCAAGUUCCACGGAAACUCCCGUGGAUCCAGCUCCAAUCCAGGAGAAGAUUCCCAACGAUACGCCGAAACCGAAGCAAGAGAAGUUGAAAGUAAUCAAGAAGGGCGGCGAACAGGGUGAACUGUAAUGCAAGCAUCAGAGUCCUUGAGCUGAGUAAAGCGUCAAAAUCAUGCACAACCUUCUGUUCAAAUCCGUGAUGAUCGUGCGCACGUGUGCGAACCGUGUUCGAUUCCUAGGAGUCCCUUUGUGGAUAUUCCUGCCCCUUCGUUACCGUAAUCGUCAAAAUGACCAAUAAGGUUCAAACAGUUUAAGCAAUAAUUUUUUUCCCAGUGGGUGUACAACCAGGAUGUACUCAGUGGAGCACGAAGGCACAGGAAGUCCUGCAGCUAAUGUCAAACAUUCUUGUUAAAGUCAUUCCAUGAGUGAUGUUUUUUUUAUACUCUAUUUUUUACCUUUGCUCAUUCCUAAAGUUUUUCAUUUAUUCGUACCUCCAUAUUCACGUGUGUUACGUACACAGAUUGGUUUUGACCCUUUGAAUUGAGUUCCAGAAUGUCCCUAUCCUGCAACAUCGAAAGGAAAACUCACUUCCGUCGUUUUUCUCAAGAAGAAAAUCUGGCAGCGAUUAGUGAGGGUGAAAAGAACUCAGCAUGUCGUGGGCUAAAUCAUACCUGUUAAGGAAAAUUCUAUUGUGACUGAGAGGAUUUGUUGGAAAUUGCUCGCAUACUCAUUGUUGGUGUAUUUAUUAUUAAUGGUUUAUCUUGUGAGAAAAAAUCUUUUGUAAUGUUUUGGAACUUUAUCUAUCGGUUAUUGCUUCCCGCGAUCACAAAGAAGAUUGAAAAUAUAAAAAAAUGCUUGGGUAAAUGAUCUUUUUUGUUUUAUGUCCAGGUCUAUCAGACGUAUGUGUGUACCGGAUGGGUUAACAAGAAGUGAUGUAUUAUUGUCAAAGAUAAAAACUAUAUCACAAUAUGUUAAGUAAGCAUACUCAUUUAAAAAUUCGUUAGAUCUUUUCGUGCCAGGUAUUUGAUC